AGGGGGAGGGGUGUGACGUAGACGUCGUCGUCGUCGUCGGGCGAUCGCCAGUUCAUUUGUAGAGUUUAUUGAGGUGAUGCGUGUGGAAUCCUAGGUCUUUAUGGCGACUGCGUUGGAUUUUAGAUCGGCAGGAGUAAUUUCACCGCUCGGCAGGAGACUGAAAGUCUACAUCUGACGUUGCACUGCAGUUCUAGACGCCUAAGGGAGAAUGGAUGUCAAUCCGACAAAGAGGCGAGGCCUCCUCUCCAACUCGGCAUCUGGUCCAGGAUCCUUGCAGGCAGGAUCUCUCAACACUACUUCGGCAACAGGUCAUGCUUUGAAUCAUGCUGCACAUACGUCUCAUCCUGCUCAGACGGCUGACCUGGCAAGUCUCUUUGAAUGUCCGGUAUGCUUCGACUAUGUCCUUCCACCGAUAUUUCAAUGUCAAGCUGGGCACCUGGCGUGCUCCAACUGCAGACCAAAGCUUACCUGCUGCCCAACAUGCAGGGGGCCCCUUGGCAAUAUUCGUAACUUGGCUAUGGAGAAGGUUGCAACAACAGUAUCAUUUCCGUGUAAAUAUUCAACGUCUGGUUGCUCUGCAAGUCUUCUGCACACUGAAAAGGCUGAACACGAAGAAGCUUGUGAAUUCCGACCGUACACGUGUCCAUGCCCUGGGGCCUCUUGCAAAUGGCAAGGGUCUCUUGAACAGGUCAUGCCCCAUCUCAUGAUAUCUCACAAAUCAAUUACAACGUUACAAGGUGAAGACAUAGUUUUCCUGGCUACCGACAUCAAUUUGCCAGGGGCUGUGGACUGGGUGAUGAUGCAGUCUUGCUAUGGCCACCAUUUCAUGCUUGUUUUGGAGAAACAGGAGAAAUUUGAUGGACAUCAGCAGUUCUUUGCUAUUGUUCAACUAAUUGGAUCAAGAAAGCAGGCAGAAAGCUUUACUUACAAGCUUGAAUUGAAUGGUACAAGACGGAAGCUGACUUGGGAAGCCACUCCUCGAUCUAUCCAUGAAGGUGUAAGCACUGCAAUUCUAAAUUCAGACUGCUUAGUUUUUGACACAACAAUUGCACAAUUAUUUGCAGAUAAUGGCAAUUUAGGUAUCAAUGUCACUAUUUCUCAUGACGCAGCAAAUCAGUCAGCAGUGUAUUGAAGAGGACAAUUAUUAUGUAUACCAGGAGUCUCAUUAAUAGUUAACAUACUCUAUUAAUAUUUCACAUACUCUACAAAUCAACAGGUCUGAAUUUGUAAAAUAAUUUUAACUCUUUGCUCAGGUUAUUGCAAGGUUCUUGUCAGAUUCUUGCUUGAUUCUCAUCUAGAUCUUCUGUGUAGAAUUUUCCUAUGUUCUCCAUGCAUACUUUAAUUACAUGAGAAAUGUUCAACGUUGGAUCACAUGCUACAUGCUGUUCACAACUCCAAUCUUAUCAUUUUAAUGAAGCCAUAUGCACUGACUCAAUAAUCGUCAUGAAUUUAUGUAUGGUAGGCAAAUUGAUUAGGUGUACAGCCAGCCUCUCAUCUCUCAUGAAUGCUGUGAUUUGAAGUACAACAUUAAGACUGUUGCUUCAUAAAUGUUUCAUUGUAUAUCCAAAGAGAAUACCAUUUUAUUACAUGUUUAAUCUGAAAGUGGUAUUUUAUUGUAUGUGAAUUUAAGGCAGUAGACGAACUUGGCAAAGUGGGGCCUGUGUGCCAUUUUGCUUUACUGAUUUGUACUUUUGCCUGCAAAGAGUAUACAUCUUUAAGAUAUUGUUAGAUGUUUGUGAACUUGAAAUAUCCUGUAUAAAAAGAUUUGGUCUUGAUAGCACAUUAGUAGGGCUGAACAUUCUGUGAUCAAAUAUACCGCAGAGUUUUGAGUACUUGUAGGAGCUAAAUUCUGCUUGUAUGUUCCAUUGUAUUUUUUACCUUUAUUCAAUUGCUGGAGCUUUAUUUGAUAGCUGUGCUUCUGUUUGUAAACGUGAGUGGUCUUUCGUUUUUAGUUUUUAUUAUUGUUAUUUUGAAGGUUCAGGUUACUAAUGUGCAGUUAAGACUAAACAGAUUUGUCUAGACUUAGAUGCUUGUAAGUUUAGUAUUAAUAUAUAUUUUUGUAUAGACUUCUAAGUAGAGCUACAAAUUCCAGUGAUAAGUUGCAUUUUGGGAUGAUUGGUAUGAAAAUAGGUGCCCAUAAUAUGCAUACAAAGCUGGCAAGAAGUUCCAGCAACAAAAUGGUAUCCAUGUUUAAAUUAUUAGAAUGUUUCCCUGUCAUGUAUUUUGUCAACCUGGAGUUUGCUCUGUUUUCUGUGAUAAAUUUCGUUUGUUUUUUUUCUCUCAUUCAUUUAUUUUCUAACUAUCAAGUUCAAUAUCAUACCAUGCUAUGGUUAAACUGAAAGGUAAAGUUUCCCAGCUUGUGGUGUUAGGGCUUAAUAAAAACCAAAUUUCUUCUUUUGUAGAUUAGAUUUUGGAUUCCAUUGUUGUGUGAAGGAUAGUACAAUCUUAAAUUAUGAGUGUUCAGUUGUAAAGUUGCCGAUUUUGUGCUGCUUCAUGGGAUCCUAAUAGCAUUAUCUGAUCUUGUUGCUAAUAUAUUGCAGAGAGUGAGGCUGGAGGAGAAUUGUGUCAAUAUUGUAUAGAAACUACUUUAAUUGCCUGUCAGUGAUUCAAAUGUGAAAUUUGUUGCCACUGGUUUUGAGAGCAGUAAUGAGACUGUUUGCAGCUAUGCUUUAGAAGCUUGAUAUUUUUCAGAGAAGAUAAAGCUAUUAUUUUUUUCUUCUAACUAACUUCAGUGCCAUACAUGUAGACCUGCAGUGGGGCUUUGGCAGAGUGUUUGCUGCAGUUAAAUGCAGUAGCUAGCUGCCCAAAGCACAUUUAACUUCUAAAAUGAUAUAUUUAUUAUUGUAUUCUCUUAAACAAGAGUGAACUUAAAUGUGGCAUAUUGUAGACUUUCACUUUUUGGCAGCCAAAUCUUCAUGUACCUAGCUGGCCAAGGAUAGGUUUUGAUGGCAUAGAAACGUUUUUAAAAAAUUUGAGUUUGUUUGUAAAAAUAUUUUUGAACCUUCGCGAAAUUUGUAUUGAGGUCACAUUGAUACUGAUUUUUUUAUAACAAUACAGUUGUUUCCUCUCGUAACUAACACAAUUUUAUUUUUUGGGUAAACCGAUGACCAAUAGUGUUAUCCAUGAAACUUAUUGAAGGUGCUAUUCAAAUUGUGUCAAUGCUUUGGGGAAUGUGGGAACAUAUGAAUGUCUCGAACAGAUAAGUUUGACAUCCUAGUUGUGCCGGUUUGGGUGCUGUUUAAUUUCCUCUCUCACCUGCUUUUGGCUUUUUCUGCCACUAAUUGUGUCCCACAUUUUUUUUCUUCCUGUUAUGAAAGCAGUUUUGCUUGUUUCAACUGCUCCCUGAUUUUUUUUGCAAAUUGUUUUUAAGUUUUUGUGGUAUUGUGAGAGGUAGAGGAAUGAUUAGAAUGCCAUUGGAUUUGGAAUUUCAACAUCCAAUUUAUUGGCAGUCCAGCAGACAGAACGAGUUGAAGGAUUGUAGAAAUAAGGUUCCAUCAGAGCAUCACAAAUCAUGACCAAAGGCUUGAAGGUAGCUGUCAGUUCAUGCCAUCUCCUGUGCAGUGAAAUAUUUGUUUAUUUAUUUAAUAGAUCUUCAUUAUACUUAUGAUUUUUUCCUCUUUUGUUUGUUUCUAUGCUUUGAUAAAGAAUGUUUUGUGUUUGGGCACUCACAAAUCUAAAAUUUGUUGUGAUAUUUUAAUGUCUAUUGAUUUUUAAAGCACUUUACUUUAGUGACUACCUAAUUAACUAGCUCACUUUCUAAGGAGAGCAAAUGCACUAAGUGUGAUUCCCAGUGUGGAAAUGUGGCUUCAUUUAAAGCCAUUGUAUAUAAACUAUUAAGCAUCAUUCACAAGAUAAUUGUGGAGACUGUCUUUACCUUGUUCUCAUUGCACUUUAAACUAUAACUUGUCAGGACACUGUCAUCUAGCUUCUUUGCAGCUAACUCAUGGAAAUUUUCUGAGAAUGUGCGUUAGAUUUGUCUUGAGAACAAUUGAAUUGAAUAAUAAUUUCUUUACUUUCAUGUGUUUAAGUCUCGUAAACACUAGUCAAUAACUAUCAGAGUAUUAUUUUAUCAUAUUAGUGUGACUGAAAACCCCUCAUUCCCUUUAAUUUAAGAGAAACGUGGUAAAAUUAUAAAACAAAACAACUAAAGUAGCAGGGGAAGUAUUUGUUACUCCAUGUCCUGCUGAGGAGUGUCGUCAAAAAUUGUUCAGUGUGUUGUGUAAAUCUGUCUUGUCUCUCGUGGCUCAUUCAGCCUAAUCUCAACUGAAAUUCCCCAAAAGCAUAUUUACAAAUGACUGACAGAAGAAUCAUCCAUUGUAACGUUGUUUAGGGCAAGUGCUACAUGUUAAUGACCAGUGUUAGAUUUGGUUCACAUUGCAUGUCAAGGUUCGAGUGGUAUUUUGUCAUUUUAGUAAAAUCCUUAAUUGUGUACAGUGUCGCCAGUUUUCAAAAAGAAAGAAAUGUUUGGCUCUGGCAGUUUAUUUCAUAUCAGACAAAUUAAUUUUAUGUCAAUAAACAAGAUUACACUA